AUGGAGUACAAGUGGAUCAAAGGUGUGGAGAAACUCGAAAACUACCAGCCUGGGGGAUAUCAUCCCAUCAUGAUUGGCGACCUCUUACAUGACCGAUAUCACAUUGCCGACAAACUUGGAUCUGGGGGCUAUUCGACUGUUUGGCUUGCUCUAGACACCCAUCUAAAGCGAUAUGUUGCCCUCAAGGUCAACGCCACAGACUCGCUUUCGAGUGAGACUGCUGUCCUCAAGGCUUUAUCCGCUUCCCUCCCACCAUCAGCAGCUGUGCAUCCCGGACGUGGCUUAGUGCCUGUGCUUCUAGAUGAAUUCGAAGUGCAAGGUCCCAAUGGAAACCACACGUGCUACACGAUCUCCUUCAGCCGUCUUUUCCCCCUCGAUGUUGCGCGAGCUUUGGCGUAUGGGCUUACGCUGGCUGUUGCAUAUACACACUCACAAGGCUAUGUUCAUGGAGACAUCCAUCUUAACAACGUGCUCGUCAAACUGCCAUCGACCUUCGAUGACCUUUCCAUCGCACAAUUCCAUGAGAAGUACGGUGAACCAGAGACAGUCCCUGUUACUCGAUGCGACGGGGAGCCACUACCCCCUAACACCCCAGCCAAAGCAGUCAUUCCGCUGUUCCUAGGCAUAUACGCAGAGCACUUCUCUAUAUCCGAUGCCCAGCCCCUCCUCACUGACCUUGGCGAAGCAUUCGCCCCGGCUUCAGAAGUACGUCUUGGGCAAGACUGCCAUACGCCACCCGCGUUCCGGGCGCCAGAAGCCAAGUUCGAACCACAGAGUCCACUUGGCUACCCUUCGGACAUUUGGAGUCUGUCUACCGCAAUCUGGGAAAUCGUCGGUAUGAAGGCCAUUUUCAGCACUGAUAUUAUACCUGAGGAUGAGAUUGCGGCGCAGCAAGUUGAUGUGCUGGGGCCUAUGCCUGCAGAUUGGUGGCGGCGUUGGAAGGGACGGUCGAGUUUCUUCGAGGCGGAUGGUUGUCCUACGGAAUCCUACAAGGGAAAUCGAUGGCCUGCGCUCCAGGAGUCAUUUGAGGUGGGUGUGCAGAAAUGGAGACGAAAGGUGGGAGACGAGAUCGGCGAGGAUGAGAAGACUGCGCUUCUGGAUUUAAUGCGUCGGAUGCUGGCUUUUCGGCCGGAGGAGCGGUUGACCGUCGACGAGGUGCUGGAGUCAGAGUGGAUGGUGAGAUGGGCUUUGCCUGAGUAUAAGCGGAGUCAACAGUGUGCGACCUGAGAUGUGCCACUUUAUGAUGGUGUGGAGAUUGAUUGCUGGUCUCCAAGGUGAAGGUGAAGAUGCGCGCUGGUCAAUAACCUUGUCUGCUGUGUGGCGUCUGUGAAAGGCUCCCCCGUCACAGUUCAGAAGCCUGAUAAGUUGUUGUGCCGUAUAUCAGUCGGACGGCUACACUCCCGGUUUCUGGAGAAGGUCGAAGGUACGAAAGUCAUGAGUCGCUCAACUGGAAGAAUGACCGAGAAAUAUUGUUGCGACAAGCACAUAGCGGGCCGAGGGGGUAAGUUACAGUGGUUGUACUGCGGUUUGCUCCG